AUGGAUCUUUCUUCCCUUUCGGGCUCUGCCCCUGCUGACCGCACCGUCAUUGUCGGUGCGGGCAUCGUCGGGUCGUGCCUGGCGCACAUCCUCGCCACUCACCCUGGCAAAGAUCGCAUCAUCCUGAUCGAUCGGGACGUCGAGGGGCUGCCCGGAUCGACCGGCCAUGCGCCCGGCUACGUUGGGCAGUACAACCAGAUCCCUGCGCUCACCGAGCUCGCCGUACGGACCGUUCGCAAGUACCUCGACAUCCCUGGCGGAUUCAGCACUGUCGGAGGGCUCGAGAUCGCUCAGUCGGACCAGGGCGCUCAGUCGUUGGAGCGACGAUGCAGCGCAGCCAAAAGGGCCGGACUGAGCGCCGAGAUGAUCAGCACGCACACGGCGGUCGAGAAAGCACCGUUCUUCGUUCGCAAGCCAGAGGGUGGUGAGGGAAGGGGAGCGCUGUGGUUUCACAACGACGGCACUGCGAAUGCGCAGCACAUUGCACGGCACGAGCAGCAGCAGGCUCGCUCCAAAGGCGCCCUCCUGCUCAACGCCGACAUAUGCGCAAUCGAAGCGAACAACACUCUGCACACACUGGUGUUGAAGGACGGCAGCAGGAUCGAAGCUGGCAAGGUGGUGGUGUGUGCGGGCAUCUGGACGCGCAACUUGCUCGGCUCACUGCCUGUGGUGCCAGUAGCGCACCCGUAUGCCUACACCGCUUCACGCGGGCCUCGGUCGCUCAAGACGCCCUUCGUGCGGUAUCCAGAGGCCCACGUAUAUGUGCGCGACCACGGCACACAGGACGGUAUCGGUUCGUACGCACACGAUCCCAUCGCCGUCGCCAACGCGAGCCUCACCUCGUCGGCCUACGGCGCCUGGCACACCGCGUUUGAACCCGUGCUCCAAGACGCCCUCUCGCUCCUGCCCGACCAAACAGCCCGCCAGUUCGAGGUGAGCCCCAAGAGCGCAGGUGCCGAGCGCGUCUUCAACGGCAUCUUUAGCGUGACGCCCGACGGCAUGCCGCUUGUAGGCCAAGUGGGCCAAGGCCUGUUCGUAGCGUCGGCCGUGUGGGUGACACAUGCCGCUGCAUCGGCUCAGCUCGUAGCUGAUAUCCUCACCGGGCAGCUGAAGCAAGAGGACCAGUGGUUGGCGAAAGAACUCGAUCCGCUCCGAUUCACCG